UUGUUGAUCUUUUCACGAAGCGGAAGUCAACUUAAGAACGUAAACGUUUGGCACUGCAGGUUGAUAAACAAAGACAGCAACAUGCCAGAACGAGAGAUGGAGGUGUUCUCCAACCCCCUCCCACCUGUCAAUCACCAGCAGGAUCCGGAUGAUGACGACGCCCAUCCUCUCACAAAUGAAGAUUUCCGGAAGAUGCUGAUGACCCCUAGGGGUUCAUCUUCAAGUUACACAGCCACCAUCAACAAGGCAACGGCACUGAGGAAGGAGGAAGAAGAGGAUGAAGACCCUGCCACCAGGAGGCAGAAGAAGAAAAGCUACUAUGCCAAGCUGAAGAGGAUGGAAGAAGAGCGACAGAAGGAGCUGGCUGACAAAUACCGUGACAGGGCUCGGGAACGUCGUGAAGGGUCAAACAAGGACUACGCUGAGACGGAGAUUAUCAGCACCACUGCAGACUACCGAGCAGUGGCCCCGGAUGCCAAGGCGGGAGAGAACUAUGCUGAGCGUCGUAAGCAGCUGAUCCAAGAGUCCAAGUACCUGGGAGGUGACAUGGAGCACACUCACUUGGUGAAGGGGCUGGACUACGCCUUGCUGGAGAAGGUACGAGCGGAAAUCACAUCAAAGGAAAGGGAAGAGGAGGAUGCUAUGGAGAAUGCCGUGACCAGCACCACCACCCCCGCCCCUCCUGGUGCCGCCAACUCUGCUGCCCCCGUCCCAAUCCCCGCACCAGCACCGCCGCCGCCCGAACCCAAGAAAAAGGAGGAAGAAGAUCCGGAGAACCAGAUGCAGUUCAAGACAAAAAUGGCUAGGAAUGUGUAUCGUACAAUCUUCAAAGCCCGCCUCCCAGACAGGAAUGAGUUGUUUCUGCCACGUCGUAUGGCGUACGUUGUAGACUUGGAGGACGACUUUGCCGAGUCCGACGUGCCGACCACUCUCAUCAGAAGCAAAGCUGACUGCCCCAGUCUGGAAGCAACAACAACACUGACUACGAAUGACAUUGUGAUCAACAAACUAACCCAGAUCUUGUCCUACCUACGACAAGGCAAGCGGGAGACGAAGAAACUCAAGAAGAAGGAGAAAGGGAAGCUGAAGGAAGAGGAUAAGCCAAAGGAGAAGCUGCCUGGAGCAGAUGACAGCAUCUAUGGAGAUAUUGGUCAGUAUGCUCCUCAAGUCGGGAAGUCAAAGGAUAAGAAGGAUCGGAAGGAGAGAGACAGGGACAGGCUUCCAGAGAGAGAAAGAGAUCGGGAACGUGAAAGAGGGAGGGAUCGAGAUCGGGACCACAGAGAUAGAGACAGUCACAGAGACAGGGGGGACCGUGAGAGAGAAUAUCGAGAUCGGGAACGGGACAGAAGGGACAGACAUCGGGAACAGGAUAGAGACCGGGAACGAGAGAGGGAACGGGACAGGGACCGAGACAGGGAUGAGAAGAAGAAGAGAUCCUACUUUGAGAAGCCAUCUGAAGAGGAGGAUUUCCGAGACAAGCCAGCGGACUCUGCCAAGGAGCUUGUUAAGACCAUCAAUGAUAGAUUUAAGACUUACGCCGACAUGGAAGAUGAGAAACAAAAGGCCAAUGAGAAGGCAGAGAAGGAUCGGCUGAAGAAGCUCCAGUCUAAGAUGGAGAUAGACAGCUACGCCGAGUGUUACCCAGGGAUGGUGGAAGCCUUUGAUGCCAUUGACGAGUCGGACGAUGAGGUUGACUACACCAAGAUGGACCAGGGCAACAAGAAAGGUCCGAUCGGCCGCUGGGACUUCGACACCCAGGAGGAAUACAGCGAUUACAUGUCCAACAAGGAAGCCCUGCCCAAAGCUGCCUUCCAAUAUGGUGUUAAAAUGGCUGAUGGUCGCCGAACUCGGAGGACAGGUCCAAAGGAUGAGAAAGCCAAGUUGGACCGCGAACUGCAGCAGAUCAACCGCAUUAUCCAGAAGAGGAAGGUGGCGGAGCCGGGGGAUGGGGAGAAACGCAUCAAGUACUGAAGUCUCCCCUGGUGUCAGUAUUUGUACAGUGACAAUGUCAGCAGGAUUGUGAUGUGCUGUGCCCUGCUCGUCCUGAUGUGUUGUGACAGGGCGUUGUCAUAGGAACAGUGCAGAGCAGGGCAUGCAGAUGUUGUAGCACCAGACUGAGGACAUGCUUCCACCGUUGCAGUCACCAUGGUUUGUCAAACCCGGGAAUCAUGUCCUAACGAUAUCAUGGGGCUGUGAUGCUGGUUCAUCUGGCCUGCUUGUGCCCAAGUCGCUUCAUGUCUUAUGAUCCAAAUCUGAAGGGGAAUUAGAGUCAUUCAUUUACAAAUGAAAACUGCCAUUACCGGACCAGAGGGAAACUGAAUGUGUUUGUUCUAAGAUUUACUUUGUCACUUCACCAUUGGGAUGUUAUCGGCCCAGGCUGAUGACCCUGAAUGCCCCAGUGUGAUGCAGGUUUAACUCUGCUACAAUUUCAGAAUGAAAUCGUACAAUUGUAUACAUGUUACCAGCUUCUUGAAUAAAUGAUUAAAUACAA